GUUUAGUUGAAUUAGAAUAAGUCGAGUUCAUUCCUGCAAUAUUCUUGCCCUUAUUUAUCUUGCUUUGUCUUUUAUCUUGAAUUUAAAGUUAUCCGGCAACUCUGAACCAUCCACGCUUCACCUCAACUACACCACGUGACGCAUUUCUUAUCUUCCAAAAUGGUCAUCAACAUCCCUACCGCGUCCCUCGAAGGCAAAGUCGCCCUCGUCACUGGCGCUGGCCGCGGUAUCGGUCGAGGCUGCGCCAUUGAGCUUGGCAAACGCGGUGCCUCCGUUGUCAUAAACUACGUCUCUUCCAAAGGCCCUGCUGAAGAAGUAUGCAAAAUCAUCGAAGGCUUUGACAACGGAGCGAAAGCCAUCUCCAUCCAAGCCGACGUCUCUAAAGUCCCUGAGAUCAACAGACUCUUUGCCGAGGCGAAGAAAGCGUUUGGCAAGAUCGACAUUGUGAUGAGCAAUAGCGGGACCGAGAGCUGGGACAAAACAGAGGAGAUCACCGAGGAGAAGUAUGAUCACGUUUUCAACCUGAACGCACGAGCACAGUUCUUCGUCGGUCAAGCUGCGUAUAAGAAUAUCGAAGACAACGGCCGCAUCAUCUUGAUGUCUUCGAUUGCCGCCGGUUUGCUGGGCGUCAAAGACCACGCACUGUACAAUGCAUCAAAGAUGGCUGUCAUUGGCAUGAUCAAGUCAUUUGCUACCGAUUUCGGAAAGCGUGGGGUUACGGUGAACGGUGUGGCUCCGGGUGGUAUCAAGAGCGACAUGUUCACGCAAAACGCAUGGCAUUAUAUUCCUGGCGGAACCCCUGAGUGGCCGGCUGCCAAGAUCGAGACGCUGAUGGCGGAUCACUGUCCAUUAGGACGGUGUGCGGUUCCUGAGGAUGUUGCGAGGGUGGUUGCGUUCUUGGCGAGUGAGGAUGGUGGGUGGAUAAACGGCCAAGUCAUCACCAUUUCUGGUGGAUCCUCGCAAUAGAUCUGAGGAGCCUAGUAUUUCUCUUGGUGUGCCUUUUUUCGGGUUCGUGCUUUCCUUUCGCAUGACGACAAGCUUAUCCGUAGUGGGUCGGGUAUGAUGGGAUCUGGACGGCUGUUAUUGGGAGGAUAUCCUUAGGCAAUGUAUGAACGAACUGAAGUAAAGACAGACUCGUCUAUGAUAAUGCUUUGAUUCCUAGCUACUACGCUAUAUUGUACAUUGGCUCCUCAGGAAUUCGCUUCACC